GCCCCAGAGCGAGCCACAAUUGUGCACACUGACUGGCCCUUGUAUACUUACAAACUACGAACAACGCUUAUAUUCCAGAUAAGCCAGUAGAGGAGACAGUUGUCCCUUUGCCUGACAAUAGACAACCCGAUAGGUCACUAUUACUUAUAAGCUGGCGUCAUCUCGGGAGUGUUAUCGCUUUAUAACCUGAGACCACAUCCUCCGACGGAUUACAAUUCUACUUCAAACCACUAUCUCGGAGUACUCUACACCUCUAUACUCACUUUUGGGUCCCUCAAUCCCAAGUAAUGAACUCAGACAACCAGCGUAAUGCUGCGAAACUUUACCAGGAGGACAUAGUGCGACUGAAGUCAAACCCGAAAGUCUAUGGAGUGGUCAUGAGGUGUUGGCACGAUCCGGAGGACAUACCAUUCCCUGAAGAUGUUAUGGUCGAUCCUUUACUGCGGCCGUUGAAACAUGGCGAAGUUGGGGUCUCAUUCUAUCCUGGCGGGAAACGCGAGAUUCUGCAAGAGUCAGAACUCCAACUCGUGGAUCGAAUGUACCAACCAGGAGACCUUCUGAAGAAGAGCAUAGAUAAUCCCCGCGCAGGAAUAGUCACUAGUAUUGAUGUGAAAGGUCGUCUUGAACACACGAUCAGCGGCGAAGAGAUUCCUGGUUGGAAGGGGACAGACGACGUGGAAUGCUCCUUCGAAGUAGAUAUGGGUGACUAUGUGGUAUACAAUGACUGGGUCGGACAGAUCGUCGAGAUAUUUGAUGAAGCUGUCGUGGAACUCUCUUCAGAACAGCUAGUACGUUUACCGGAACUGAGUGCAAGACUUGCUGUGGGGCAGCGAGGGAACAAUAUCAUUCCCCAUUCAGUAUCUGGAGUCCAGAAUCUCUUUGGCUUCCUUCUUGGAAACGGACGCACAAAUGCACAAGACACAGUAAUAGCUGUCAAACGGACAGUACUGGCCAUUGCUUGGUUGGCCAUCAACCAAUCCUUGACAUCUGCCGAAGCAGCAACUCGGAAUCGUCCCCAACGUUUCUGGUACGGCAGCGACUUAUCCAAACUUACACUAGUCCGCCGACGUGCCGAACAGGCGAUGCGUGUAGGUGACCGUGUGCUGCUGAAGAAUCCGAACCAAAGCCCUGCGACGGUCCAUGGUCGAGAAGGGGAUCCUGCCGGUUCCGUGACCGUUCGCGAUCUUGUUGUUACGGAGACUCACACUAUGGUCAAUGUGCUUUGGCAAGAUGGUACACGCGAUCUGCUUGACUGCAAGGAGACCAUACCUUAUGUCAAUCCUGAUGAAUAUGACUGCUGGCCUGGUGAUCAUGUCAUCUGGAAGAGCGAAGAUGGGCAACGAACUGCAGUUGUCCAGUCCGUAAAUGCAGUCGAGCGUACAGCCCAGGUCAGAUUUGAUGAUACUGGCGCUACCGAAUUGGUUUCUGUCCUCGAGCUUGAUCCACACGGGGUUUCAGAUUGGUCUGCUGUAGCUCCUCAUGAAGAGAUGGGUCUACAUCGUGGCGAUUGUGUAUUCAUUCAUCCAGAGGGUAGCAGUAAUGGUGUCGAGAAGCCUAUGGUACCCAAGAUUGGUGAGCUUGAAGGAUGGGUGCGAGAAAUGACUAUGGACCCGAACGGCAUGGUCAUUGGUUGGCGUAAUGAAAUGAUUGGCCUUGGAAAUGCAAUUGCUGAGCAUCGUGGAAGGGACCCAAGUGUGGAAGAAGGCAAGAUUAGGCGACCUCAGAAAGGGCACCCUUCCCUGCAUUGGUUUGGGGAAGUUACCGACCUCCGACUUGAUGGAACAGUCGAAGUCAUGUUUCCUGACGGCAUUUCUGUCAAUCUUCCCCUGGAACGCCUGACGCGACUAUAUGACGGUCUUGAACAACUGCAAGAAAUGUGGGGCGACGACGGGUCGGACAGCCAAGAUGACGAAUCGGAGCAUGUACACGGCGACCAUAUACAAUUCUGGGCAAUGGGUGAAGACGGACAAUGGGUCGAGGACGAUGCGCUAGAUACUGAUAACUGGUUGACAGAUGAGGAAGAGGACCCUUCAGAAGUCCCCGCUCUGUCCCCUCCUGCUCCAUGCGACACCACAGAUCCAGAAACGAUGCGAGCUCAAAUGGAAUUUUUUGAGAGAUUGAAGACAGAUACCAUGAAUCCAUCUGGAGACGUAGAGGAUUCACCCGAUGCUCUCCCUUCCGAUGACGUUCAGGCAGAGCGCAGUUCGAAUGGGGAAUUGCCGUGGAAACGCUUCGAUAUUCUGCCGUCUGCACCACCAGAUCACGCAUUUCACGCUUCGACGCCUGCUCAAACAUCACGAACUUUCCUUGCGCGUCUUUCAAAAGAGUACAAGAUCCUAGCCAGCAGUCUUCCAGACACUAUCCUGGUUCGCGCAUACGAAGACCGUACUGAUCUACUCAGGUCUCUCAUCAUCGGUCCUGAGAAUACCCCUUACGAGGACGCGCCCUUCGUGAUAGACUGGCAACUUGACUCGAACUUCCCACAUAGUCCGCCAAUUGCCCAUUUCUUGAGCUGGACCAAUGGCAAUGGUAGAGGUGAGUGUUUCUUACCAGAUACUCCUCGAUGUGUGCUCACUCUGAUUAUAACGUGCAGUAAACCCAAAUCUAUACGAGGAAGGGAAAGUUUGCCUUUCAAUAUUGGGAACAUGGACUGGAGACAAGAGCGAGAGCUGGAGUGCUUCGCGGUCAUCGUUACUACAAGCGUUUGUGUCUAUCCAGGGACUCGUCUUGGUGAAAGAACCUUGGUACUGUGAGCCAGCAUACGAGAAGCUCAGGGGUACAGAGGAAGGUGCCGUAAAUAGCCGCCUCUACAGCGAGAAAGCCUUCGUCUUAUCCAGAAACUUCGUCCGACGUGCCCUAGAGAUCCCGCUGGGAGGUCUUGAGGGCGAGAUAGACUGGUUCUACUACAAAAGGGGCCUACUACGGAAGGUGGUGACAGAUGCCCGGUCUCUGAUAGAGAAGAGCAAGACGGACACGUCCGAAGCAGAUGGUGAUCGAGCUAUUCCAAGGUUAACGGGUGGCGGUAUCAUCGCACUGGAACGGACGUUGACCAAACUGCAAACUCUUCUGGAUGCUCAUCGUUCUUCGUAAUUUUAUCGCUGUCGUUUUGUUUGGUAGUCUAUCACAUUGCUAUAUCCAUUCUCUCUGGUACUCCGGCAUUUGUAAUCUUUCGCAUCCAUAUUGUUUAUGUACAAGAUCCUGUAGCAUAGGGAUAGAAUCUACCUAUCAGGUUUCCACCAAGUUACGGUUUGAGCAUGUUCUACACCAUUCAGAACACUGUUGCAUUCU